GCCACACUGACUAUCCAAUUCUCCACCGCCGCCUGCUAGCGGCUAAAAAAUUAGAAAAAUAGUUCAAACUCGCCGAUCGAUUCGAUCCGAUCCGUGACAGGCCGACCGCAGACGCGCCGCCAAAAGUGAAAGUAUUUGCAUACACAACAAACACCCGUCGCGGAGUGGGAGUGGGUCACCAGGAAGAAGUGGAAGAAGAAGAAGCAGAAAGAGGCGGAGGCAGACACAAAAAAAAAAGCCAAAGAAAGCAGGGGCGAAAAAUCGGAAAUAAAGUGCAUUAAUCACUGCUAAAAAGGUCAAUUCGAGUUAGUUAUAGUUUAGUACAACCACAUACACGUCAGUGCAAUUUAUAUCGUAAAUAUAUGUGACGAAAAUCGGUGUGUUCAGUGUGCGAGCGAGACAGCAAGAGAAAGCGAGGCGAGGCAGGAAUAUGGGCACAACAAAAGAGCGAAGAGAGCAGAGCGAGGGCGACGCCGCCACAGCCGCUGCCGCCACCCACACAACAACAACAACAGCAGCAGCAACAACAACUGCGGCGACUCUAGAAACAACAAAAACGGAAUCAGGAGCAGCAACGGUAGCCACAACAACAACAACAACACCAGCAACAGCAACCACGGCGUCGCAGGAAAAGAGCACGAAUGCCGCCAAAAAGAUUCGCCGCGCCUUCUCCUUGCCACGCAAUCCCUUUCGCUGGUCACGUAAAUUCAAAACAUCGACGGCCACGGGCGAAUUGGGCGAGGACUCCGGCACUACCGGAUCCCGCAAGGAUAACGCCGAGCGACGUGGCAGCCAUACGGCCAUAUCGUCCUGCGUGGGAGGGGGACGUGGUCGCUCCGGCAGUAUUGUUUCCCUCAGCAGCUACGAGGCCCCGACGACGGUCAACGCCAAUGCCAACAUCAAUGCCAACAACAAUAACAACAACAACAAUAGUGGCAGCAAUGCAAACACCACCGCCAAUAAUAAUAACAACAACAACAAGAGGACACGUGUCCUGCGUCGUUCGUCCUUCAGGAAGUUUCUGAACCGGAUCGCCCAGCAUCUGAGCUCCACGGUGAAUGUUGUGUCGGAGGAGCACAACUCGCCCGCGAACCGCAUCGCCUUCAUAGAUAUCGUGCCAUUUUACACCGGAUGCUGGCGCAGAAAAGAGGCGAACAAACAUGGUCAGGGAUCUUCAGCGAAUGGAGGAGCAGCCGGCAGCGGGGAGCGAGUACCGCCAAUUGGCGGCUAUCAGUGGCCGCCAGACCAGACGCCCGGUGUGAUGGGACUGAAGAACCAUGGCAAUACGUGCUUCAUGAACGCGGUGCUGCAGUGCCUCAGCCACACGGACAUCCUGGCCGAGUACUUUGUCCUAGACCAGUACAAGGCUGACCUCAAGCGACGCAACAAGAUCAACUCGCGCAAAUUCGGCACCAAGGGUGAGCUUACCGAGCAGCUGGCCAACGUGUUGAAGGCUCUCUGGACCUGCAAGAACGAGAGCGACCACAGCACCAGCUUCAAGGCCGUGGUGGAUCGAUAUGGCACGCAGUUCCGCAGCUCCACGCAGCACGACGCCCAGGAGUUCCUCUUCUGGCUGCUAGACAAGGUGCACGAAGACCUCAACACGGCCAGCAAGCGGCGCUACAAGAGCCUCAAGAACUCGUACGGACGCUCGGACGAGGUAAUCGCCGCCGAGACGCUGGCCAAUCACAUUCGGUGCAACAACAGCUUCGUCCAGGCCGUGUUCCAGGCCCAGUUUCGCUCCUCGCUCACCUGCCCGCGCUGCGAGAAACAGUCCAACACCUUCGAUCCCUUCCACUGCAUUUCCGUGCAGCUGCCGCAGCUCACGCAGCAGACGAUCUUCGUCACUGUGGUCUACAUGAAGCAAGUGCCGCGCCAGGUGCGGAUGGGUCUGCGAGUUCCAGCUGGAUCGCCGAUUGUGGCCCUGAGGGAGCAGCUGCAGACGGACACGGGCAUCGAUGGAGCUCGCAUGGUGCUGGUGGAUCUGAAUGCCGAGGGAUUUACGCGCGUCUUCUACGACACACAGCCGGUGGAGACACUGGCCAGCAUUGAGACCAUCUACUGCAUCGAGGUGCCGGAGGCGACGCCGGCUUCCAAGUCCUCUACUCCGGCCGAGACGUCGGAUAAACCGGCUCCCGUAGCGGCAGUUGCCCCUGCCCCAGCCGCAGCUCAGUCGCAGGCGGACCUGCUCCUCUUAGUGGCCAACGUUUACCGAGCGAAGGACGGCAAGGAUAUCACGCGCUUUGGAGCUCCGUUCAGCAUGAAGGCGCCGCGAGAUUGCUCCUACCAGGACCUGCAGAAGCGGAUGCUACGCGAAAUGGCGCCGCUGCUCAAGCCAGAGGUCUUCUCCUACGCCACGCCGCUGGCUGAGAUGUUCCGGAUACGCCUGCAGGAUCCCUCUGCCGAUCCGGACACCUAUUUGGAGCAGGUGGAGCAUCCGCUGCUCACCGAAAUGAUUGACAUGGCGCUGUCCGUGCUCUCCUCGGAGGCGGGGCCGCAACACAUCAAGCUGCUGCUGGAGUGGAGCUCGCCCGAGGAGCACUUCCUUAGCAAGCAGCAGGACGUGGAGGAGGCCGUUGUAGAGCACGAAAGCGUGGCAAGGCUAAGUGCCAGCAAACCAAGCGACACUGCCUCGCUGACUCUGGAGCAGUGCCUGGAGCACUACACCAAGGCGGAGACGCUGAGCGCCGAGGACGCCUGGCGUUGCCCGCAUUGCCAGCAGUACUUGCCCGUGGUGAAGACACUGGGUCUGUGGUCGCUGCCGGAUAUCCUGGUGGUGCACUUCAAGCGUUUCCGCCAGCACCAGGCCAAAGGUCCCCAGGCGGCCAAGCUGACCACCAUGGUCAAGUUUCCGCUCACCGCCUUCGACAUGUCGCCGCAUCUGGCCCGCGGCGUCCAUGAAAGCGCCAGCAGCUCGCUGGGUAUUGGAGCGGGACUGGGCCUUGGCCUGGGCUCAAAUCCCUGGAAGCGUGGCCGCUCCGGCGACUCGCGAUCCUCCACUCUGAACUCGCGCUGCGAUCCGAAGGACACGCGCUACGAUCUUUACGCCGUGUGCUACCACCAGGGCGAUACGCUGGAGACAGGCCACUACACGGCCGCCUGCAAGAAUCCCUACGACCGCCAGUGGUACAAAUUCGAUGACACGCGGGUGAGCAAGGUGCCCGAGGACGCCAUCGAGCAGGACAUCAUCAACAACGAGGCCUACAUGCUCUUCUAUCAGCGUCGCAGUGUGGACGCCGGCGAGUGUUCCGGCUCCAGCUCGAAUUCCGGUGAUCACUGGGUGUCGCGCAUAGCCCCAGCUCCCUCGUCAUCGGCCUCCUCCACUUCUGGCAAGGAGAAGGAGCCGGUGAAGCUGGAGGGCUCCAGUGAGGUCACCGAAACGUCAGCUGAGAAGGCUCAAUCCAAGCCGGUGGAUAUACCCAAGAUCUGCAAGGAAAGAGAUGAAGUUGUUGAAGAGCCAACGACUGCUGCCCAGGAGAAGCCUGUGGAGGUUGUCCAUAAGCUCAACAUUGAAGAGAUCGCUUUUGCCGAUGCCGAUGUGGAUACCAGCUUAAGCGAGACCAGCAAGACUGAGGCAGUCCCAGCAGCAGCAGCGAAGGAUGAGCUUCAAGCGCUGGCCGUAGAAGAAGUCACUCCCAUAUUUGCCAUGGACGAAGAUUGCGCCGAUUUGGUGGAGGAGGAGGACAAGAAGAAAGAGGAACCCGAGCCAAAAGAAGUCAAAUUAUCCGAAGCCCCCGCUGAAAGCGAACUAACCUCCGAGGCCAAGACCAAUGGCCAUGUAAGCUCCUCGUCGAGCUCUUCCUCCUCCCAGAGCUCGCUCUCGUCGCGCUCCUCGCCGAGAUCGCUAAGCACCUCGGUGACGGCGGCCUCCACCCUGCAAAAUAAGUUCAACGGCCACAUGAGCACACCCUCGGCCAUGUUCAAUGGCAACGGCAAUGCACCGCAGCUGUCCUCCAGCCUGCAGUUGUCGCGGCAGGUGUUGCAGAAUCACAACUGGCAGGGAUCUAGGAGCAGCGUAUCGGCGGUGGAGAAUGCCACGCACCACCAGCAGCAGCUAAGUCUGCGACAUUCCUUCUCCACGAGCUCCAACUACACGGAGACGCUGUCGUCGCUGCUGCGCAAGACGGCGAACACGUGCAGCAAGGACACGCUGCUGCUGAUUGACCAGCAGGGCCACCGUCAUCCCGCGGGACUCAUAGAAGACGACGAUGAUUCAUACAUGGGCAGGUCCCUAUGGAUCUCUCCGGUGACGCCACACAAACUCAUCACUGUUUCACCCAAGAAUUAGAUGCGAUAUUAUGAUCCAGGGAACGGAGCAUGGACGGAAAACGAUACCGAAACAGAACAUACACAAACGCACUAUAUAGCUAUAAGCCUAAAGUUUACUUUAUAUGAUAUUUCGCGAAGAAGAAGAUGUUAUACAACUCUGUUUACUUUUAAGAUAUGUACUCAUAUAUACGAUAGUUGCAAUAUUGCAUUAAGUUUGAAAAGUUGAAAGGAAACUUGAGUAGCAAGGCAGAAGGAGCCCGUUACCGUAGCCGUAAGCCCUAGGAUUAUUUAUUCGACGAGGAUGCGUUUUCUUUAUUUCCCCUAACGAAUACAUGGACACAUUGCUUUGAUAUUUAUUGCGCCAAAACAGUGAAGAAUAAGUACAAUUUUAUUUGAUUUAGUUCCCCCCUUUUCCACACGACUCUACCCCCUCUUGUAUAGUUCUCAAAACCAUCUCUGACGUAACGAUGAAGUGCUUGGCAUACUAAGUUUAGUUUUUUGUACACGAAACCAAGUUUCAGACUACAAUCUAUGCGUAUAGUUAUAGACCUAAAACCUAGAUCCUAUGUAUAUUCUCUUUAAUUACUUGAUUUGUUUAUAUAUAUAUAUUUAAUCUAUUUGCUAAAACCGUGUCAUUUUUUCACAACCACAUAUACAAUUCUGGCACAACUGCAGAUGAGAACUUCUUUCGACUCGAUGUCUGGCUGCGUUUUGUGGGUGCGUUUAUAAUGCGGAUCUAUAUAUACAAACAAAAAGAUAUACACACCAUAUAUAUAUAUAUUACUUUAUAAAUAAUGUAUUCUACAUGUAGAAGAAAGCAUUACACCAAAACACAUUAUAUUGAUAAAGACUCUACGACAUUGUUUUCUGCAGAGAGAAAGAACUUUAUUACGGUGUAAAAUGUUCACAGUGUAUUCGUAAAUAAACGUGAAGUUGUUGGA